UAUAUAAAAAAAAUGUCAGAAGACGCUAAUAACAUUAGCUGCAACCACAAAACAGACCUAUCCCUACCUUGUCCUCAUCUGUGUCAAGCAUGGUUGAACACUUUUCCGUGGGACAAAUCAAACGCGCGUUUUGAUAAAACUGAUAUUCUAAGUAACUUUCUGAAAACAGUUGAAAGCAUUUUGGCCGGUGAUCUAUUUGAUUCCAUUGACUUGGUUUACGACAACGAAUUAAAUAACAUUGCAGACAAUGCCAGAGCCUCUGUUGAAGAUCCUUUGAGUGAUCACCAGUGGAAAGAACGUUUAAUCGAGGACUUGAAAAUGAUUGACAGCCUUCCUACACUAAAUGGCAAACAAUUGGCGGUUUUUAAACAUUUGGUUUCUGAAAAACUGAUCCACAACAUUAAUGCAAACAAGUCAAGAGUGAUCCCAAAUGUUCUUAUCAUGACACCAGAAGACGACGACGAAAGCCUUAACAUCAAAAUGGUUUAUAACGCCCACAGGAAGAGGAAGACUGCCUUAACAGCCGAGGAUAUGGUUACUAUGCAUGAUGUUUUACCCGAAUUAAAAUCUGUCUCUAUCAAAGAUCUUCAAUUCAAGAUGGAGAAAUAUGGAGAUGCUAUUGUUAAAAAAAGUUGUUUGGAAUCAUUAGAUAUCACAUUUACCAAUCCAGUUAUUUGCCCAUCAAGUUUUUUAGCAUUUUUAUUUAGAUCCUACCACAAAACCAUCAAAUCGUUCAGACUGGGGAUGACAACAUUGGUGCUACCAAAAGUGGCCAAAAACGACAGAGAGGAUCGUGGCAGUAUUAUAAAGAAAGUUUUUAGAGAAAACGAACUGAACUUUAGCAACCUGGAAACUUUGGAGAUCAGCAACUUUUCAAACUGGAUUGAUAUUGACACGGUGCUCAGACAUAUAGUUAAGACCUGCCGCAAUUUAAAGACCGUCAAGUUCCUUGGACAAACAACCGUAACUUCCAUAUUUAAUCGUAUCACCGAAAGUUAUCAACACUCCUUGGAAUCUCUUACUGUAACAACCCGAAAGUAUGAAGACGUCAGACUUCUUCGUAAAUUAGAAUCUCUCAAGGAGCUCUCGUACUUGUGGGAGGAAGUUGAUGCAAAGAUGGACAUUUUAAAAGUAUUGAUGGUCUUGCCUAAUUUGACAUCAUUGGAAUUGGGGUUUGAAAAGCGUCAGGGUGUUUUAGUCAGUAAUCUCUUCAGCUAUGGCGCAUUCGAGAAUUUAAAUCGAAUUGCACUCCAUAAUGUACACAUUGAUGGGAACGUGUUCAAUGAGUUAAGCUCUCAACUUCCCAACUUGAAAAAUGUGGCUCUGACUAGUUGCCGAAUUGGAAAAUCCGGUUCUGAUAUUGAAAGUACAAUCUCAUUUGAAAACUAUCAACUGGAAACUUUGCUGAUCGAAGACUGUAAAUUGAAUAAUUCAAGCAAGCUUUCUAAAAAUAUGAAGAAGAGGAAUAUCACUAGAUUCAAGUUCGUCCUGGAUGACACUAAAGGGUAUGCUGGAAAACUCCGUUCAAAACGUAAAGACAAAUCAAAGAGAGGCAGAAUGUUCAUGGAUAAUAACAUAUUUGUCUACGAUAUGGCAACCAACGAGAAUGAAUCCUCUGCACGCAUUACGUUAGUUAUCAAAGCCGAUUUGAUCCGCUCAUUCUCGGUCUCGAAAAGCCUACCUUUCGACGUUUAUUUUUGCCUUGCCAGCGAAGCUUCAGACGAAGACGAUUCUAGCGCCGAUGAAGGAACUGGAAAAAUUAUGGAGGUUGAGGACGAUGCCGAGGAGAUUGAAGAGGCCGAAGAAGUUGAAGAAACUGAGACUGGAAAGUCCGUAAUUGAAGAGAAUGAAAAUAUUGAAAGUGACGAAGAAGCUGAAAUCGAGGAAGAAGCUGAUAGGAUAGAAGAAGCUCAUAUUUCCGAAGAAGACAAUGAUGUCGUUGACGUAACUGAUGUGGGGGAGGACGGUAAAAAUGACGAAGAAGAGGAUCACGGUUCUGUCGAAGAAACAGAGAUCGUCGAAGUAGAAAAGACUUUUGAAGAUGUGGAAUACUUAACCAAAGAGACUGAAGCCGAAGAUAAUGGAGACUGUGAAAAUGAUCUCAAUAAACCUGCAGAAACGAUGAAAGAUGCUGAAAUGAUCGAAAUUGAAGAUAAUAGUGAUGUCAAUGAAGAUGAAGAUAGUGAUGACAGCGAUGACAGCGAUGACAGCGAUGACAGCGACGACAGCGAGGAUAGUGACGAUGAUGAGGUUGAGGUUCCCAACAAACAGGACGUUGCAGCAGAGAUUACUGAGGACUCUGAGCUUAUUGAUAUCGAUACGUCAUCUCUUCCUGAAGUACCCGAGUCUCCUGUUCCUAGCUUUGAAGUGCAAUCUUCUGAAGACGACGAAUUAGAGGACAGUUCAAGUGAUAUUGUUAUCGACGAAGUAGCGCCUGAAACCGGUAGUGAAUACGAUUCCGAUGGGGAUGGACCGGUAGUUAUUAUCAAGGUUAAUAAAAAGAAUCCAGACACAAAAAAGAUAAGCAUUUCGGAUGAAGAAUAUGUAUCUGGUGAAGAAGAUAUCGUUACAUCUUCCAGCUCUGACAGUGAAUACAAUGAUAAUAUGGGUACCCGUAAAUCAGCAAGAUUAAGCAUCGCUAGAUCAUCACAAGGAAUGAGAACUAGGAAGAGAAGAAGAGAUUUGUUUUCAUCUGACGAAGAGGAAGAGAAAGAAGAAAGUCUUAAUAACAACGAAGGUGAAGAUGACGAUGACGGUGUAGAUAAGAAAGAAGACAGUGAAGCGAACUACAACGACCAUGCUGAAUUAGUCUCACAAUUUAUUCACAACUGCAGAGCGUAUAAUGCUGUCAUUCGUAUCCCAACAAGAUCAAAGAGAACAAGGUUCAACUCCCCUGCAUUGUAAUCCACAUAAUAUAAUAAAUUUAUUUCUUAUUUUUUUU